AUGGGACCAGAGGAAAUAUUUCGAAGACUUUAUUCCUCAUCUGACUUUCCCAUGACAAUGGACCAAUUCUUCGCGUCGAGACCCACAACGCCUGUCAACCGUGAAACGCCGGACAAGUUCGAUUCGAUGGUCGGCCAACCACCUAGCCUAUUCAACAAUUCCAAAUCGAUGCCCGCCAAUCGCUUCCUCACGUCGUCAGGACCCAAAAAGGCGUUUCCAAAUGUGAAGAAAUCGUCAAAAAGCCAUAAAUUUGCUCUAAAACGUCCGACGCCGACGAGAAUUUUGCCCCCGCGAACGGCUAGAAACGCCGGAAUUUCCAAAUUCGGAGUGGACUCAGAUUUUCAUUAG